AUGGAAGGCGGCACUUUGAAUCCCAGGGCGUCCACGCUCGACUUCACGGUGGAUGGCCAACGCUUGCUGCCGGAGAACGCCACGACCGUGGCGCAGGGAGAGGGACGGCUGAUGUUGACGAAGGUCCCAGGCACCCUCUACGGGCUGUUGCUGCCACCCACUGGAGCUUCCAGGUUCUCGGCCUUGACGCGGGACGCCGACUUUGCUCCGCUCGGCUUCGCCUUGGUGUCCAUCUUCGGGCGCCGCGUCGCAGGUCCCAUCGAGGUGGGCUACCUGGCGACCUCGGACACGGGCGGCCUCUCCUCCCCCAGCGCCGUGGCCUAUGCCGCGCUGCCGGAGCCCUGCCUCUACGUGGUGGACACGGGGAACCAUCGGCUGCUGCAGCUGGAGGUCCAGGGGCUGCGCUACCGCACGCACUUUGGAGAGUCAGGCUUUGCGGGCUCCGACCUGGCACGGUUGAGCAGCCCGAGGGCGGUGGCGGUGGGCGAUGGCUACCGGGUCUACGUGUUGGAUACGGGCAACGGCAGGCUGUUGGUCCUGGCCACAGGCGACACCUUGGGACACCUCACGGCGCUGCAAAGCUUGUCGCUGCCCUUCGCUGCCACGGCCUUGACGCUGCUGCCGGGCGCCGGCCUAGGUGUCGCCCGCCUCUGGGCGGGGGGCCGCGGCGCGCGGCGCCUGGCGCGCUGGGACCUGACGCCGCCGGGCUUCUGGGCCGUGAGCGGCACCAGCACCGCUCAGGCCGUGGCGCCUCUGUACUUGGACGUGCGGCUGAGUGAUCUGCAACUGGACCUGGGAGCCGCUGGAGGCCUCUUGCUCACCGCCGCUCCGCUCCUCGCGUGGCAGCUGCCCCCGGGUCCGACCUCGACGCCGGCGGAGACGCCGGAGACGACGGGGGUGCCCCCGCUGUGCGAGGCCACGGUCGCCACGCGCAGUGGUGCGCGCAGUCCGCGGAGGAUCGACUGCGAGUUUCGAGGCGCAGGUCCGGGCCUACCGAGCCCUUCGGUCUUCCUCAAGGUCGAUCAUCUGGAUUCCACCGAGGAAAGCCGCAUUAGCCUGCGCUGCGCCACGCCGCAGGGCGGUGCCGCCCCCAACCUCUUUGACGUUAGCGGCUGGUGGAGUUUGGCCCUCGUGGUGCAAGGCGGCGUGGGGCGCAGCGUGCGCAGCCGGCUGCUGCCGGUCUGGCCGCAGCGCGACGGGGCGCUGCCGGUGGCGGUGACACCGCAACUGGCACGGCCACUGGUGCUGGUGCCCGUGGGAGGCGAGGUGCAGCUGGGGCUGGACCUGACCGUGCGUGCGGUGCUCACGCUGGGCGCGCUGCUGGUGGGCAGCAGCCGUUUGCCUGGACACGUGGCGCUGCAACUGCCCGAGGGACUCCAGCUCCUGUCGGCCGACGGCUGCAGCGCGACCGGAUGCUGCAGCUGCCACGUGCCGCUGGACGCCUCGGCCGUGCGGCUGCAGGCCGAUGGUUUGUAUCCGCUCACCCUGCAGCUCCGGGCGCCGCAUGCGCCGGUGCCGACGACCUGGCGCCUGGAGUUGCACAGCGCCGGGCCCUGGCAGGUGUCCGGUGUCACUGAGAGCGUGGGGGUCAAGUUCACCUUCGGGAGACUCAUCCCGAGCACUUGGAGCCACUUCCCCGUGCUGCAUGCCACACCCCCCAUCUUGGGGGAUACGCUGCUGGUCGUCACUUUCAGGCCGUACACCUCGGGCGCCGGUCACGUGGUCCUGGUCGGGCCAGAGACCGCAGUCCUCCGCUGCCGGCGGCUGGCGCUGCGGGCGCUGAGUGAGGCGCCAGGCCCGCCCUCCGAGUGGCGCUGCUGGGCGCCGCGCGAGCGCUACGUGGAGAUCACCGUGCUGCCAGAGGAGUUCUCGCCGGCCGUGACCUAUCGCUUGGAACUGGAAGUGCAGCAUCUCCCCGGCUCUUGGGUGCCGGACGAAGAGGACCAGGCGUCGCUCUUCGGCAACGCGUCGGAGGCCACGCCCUGGUGGAGGUUGAGCUUCGAGGACGUGAACCACACGCGGCUCGCCACGGCGCGGUGGAUCCCAGGGUAUCCGCUCUGGCCAGAGACCUUCGACCUGGCGUUGGACUACCUGAACCUUCCUCUCUCCUUGUCUCCAGGUGCCAAGUCCACCUUAGCCGUGACCAUCUCCUCGUUCCAGGCCUUGGGGCUGCCGGUCUACGUGCGGCUGUAUGCCCCUGAGCAAGUGAGCCUCCUAUGCCGGGAAGGCGCUGUGGUCUUGUGGCCCAGCCGCUUCACGGCAGCGCCCACGGCGCACGCCACGUGCCGAGGCAUUGGCACCUUGGAGCUGGUCAUCUGGGAGGCGCUGGCGCCGGACACGAACUACAGUUUCCAGGCCACCGUCACCUUGCCGAACAGCACGAACCUCUCGAUCGAUUGGUGGUACGUGACCUUGGAGGCAGCCGGCGUGCGCUUGGGCGCUUCGGCACCUCAACGGCCCAUCGUGGUACCGGAGGCCAUCCAGGCGGAGGAGGACUCCGACGUUGUGACGACCAGCUCCGCCGCGGACGAAGACGCGCCUGCCGCGGACGCGACGGAGGCCGCGGACGCCACGGUGUCAGAGCUCCGUGUGGAGCGCCUCGUGGUGCACGAGGCAGAGAAUGAGACCACGCUGGGGCCAUGGCUUUUGCAGCAGACUUGGGCGGAGACCCACGAGCUCUUGGCCUUGGAGAUUCUGCAGAUCCAAGUGGAUGGCGUGCCCCUGGGCGCCGUGCUCUCUGCCGGCGGCUCGCUGAAGCUCCACGCGCCACCAGGUUUCACGUUCCCCUCCCCCUUUGACGCCGCGAGCGUCCGCGCGCUGGGCCUGGCGCCCACGCGCAGCCGCGUGGAGGGCAACGGCACUGCAACGGUGCUGCACUUUCAAGACGAUGUGGAGAGCGUGGCCAUGGAUGUCUCCGUGGCCGUGCGCUGGGCUCCUCCGGAAGAGGAAGCCGUCGAGCCUUGGAGGCUGGAGCUUUGGUCGGCCUCUGGGAAGCUUUUGGCGGCACAAGGAAACAUCGGCAGCUUCGAUCGUACUGUGCCCUUCCGACGGCUCUGGGUGACCUCCGACGUCCACGUGCCCGGCGCCAGCUUCGAGGUGGCCGUGUUCUUUGCCAUGCCAGCGGUCGAAGGCGCCCGCAGCCUGCGCCUGGAAGCGCCGCCGCUGCUCUCCUUCGCCUGCGCCGCCACGGCCGCGACGACGCCCGCGGUGGCGUCCGGAGUGGCAGGCUCCUUGCAGGAUGACGUGAUCACAGCAGCCGCGGCGCGGCCGCUGCCGCCGGGGAGCUGCGUGGCCAGUCAGAACGUCCUCACCCUUCACCUGCUCAGCGCCCUGCAGCCGGCAGCCGUCUACGGCUUCCCGGCCCUCGCGCGGCAUGGAGCGACGCGGGAGGCGCCUGAAGUCACAGCGGAACGCGUGUGGUUUGGUGCCCUGGCGUCCUCAGCAGCCGCCGGGAGUCGCAGGAUUUCGUCCUCGGCCUCGAUGGUGCGUUUGAAGGCGCGGGAACUGACCCCGGUGUGGCUCCACUGCCCACGGCCUUACUACGGACAGGAGUCACUGCUCUUCGUGAUCUUCGCCGUGGGCUCGCAAGCCUUUCCAAGCUCCAAGCUUCGCCUCUCUUGGCAGACUCCGUCCUCUUCUCCGAGCCAUCGCUUCAUGAGCUGCUUUUGGCAGCAGUCGCUGCUGCGCCGGCAGCAGUGGCGAAGUCCUUGGGAUCUCACACAGGUGCCUGCAGUUCUGGAAGAAGAGGGCACGACCGCGUCGACCGCGGACUCCUUGCUGCUGGCGAGCUUCGAAGGUUGUACUGGAGGGGAGGAGCAAGUGACCUUGAGCCUCGAGGCACCCCUCGCCCCGCUGAAGAGCUAUCUCUUACAGCUCGCCGUGGCGCACGGGCCGGAGGCGGAGAAUGCGACGGAGGCGGAGACGCUCUUGACCUUGGAGGUCCUCGAAGACUCCCAAGGUCUGCCGCGCGCCUUGGCGCGCUCCGCGGACCUGCGGACCUACGCCUUGGCGGAGGAGAUGACGCUCACUCGCUGGAGCUACAGCAGUGCCUUCCGCUCUGCUGAGAACUCUUUGGACUUGGAAUUUCAGCCGAGCAAGACCACGAGUGAGAGUCAGGCGACGAUGUUGGGCUUCCUGUUGCAGGCGCCACCCACCUUCCUCUUCACGCAGAAGUCCUGUGAAGAGUUGGUCUUGCAACGUAGCGAACGGGUGGAGAACCUGCAGCUAGGACGCGUGGAGAGCAAAGCGCUCUUCUUGCAGGGCAUGCCUCUCUGCGAGGUGCUUCCGUCCCCAUGGCUCUUUGAAGGCGGCUACUACCAACAUCAGCUCACGGUCUAUUUGCCUCCACUGGUGGGAUUCCGUCAGGACUUCAGGUACCGCGUGAAGGUGUCGGUUCUGAAUCCCCCCUUGCCCUUGGACGACCCCGUGAUGAAGCGCUUUUUGCGGGAGAAGACCUCGCCCAAGUUCUCGCGGUCCUCUUACUUGGCACCAGCCCUGCAGACCUGGCGCCUCAGCACCUUCCUUUGGUUCUCCGGCGAUCGGGGCACAGGUGAAGUGCCCUACAGCCUCAAUCAGAAAGGCCCCCUGGGCCGCCCGGGAGGCCUCCGCAAGUUGGAGGAGGUCGCCUGGAAAGGCUUCGAGAUCCUCACCUAGUUCACGACCUGUGCCACCUGUGCCUCCUGAUCCCGAGCUCUUGUGCCAUCCCUGCGACUCCGCGCCGCCCGCGCGGCGGCGCCGUCCGCGCGGCCCGCUCCGUCUGCGACGUGGCGGCGAGGUGGUGCGCUCGCGUGGUGCGCUGCUAGGCGCGUGCCCUCGCCGUGCCUGCUUGCCGCACUGAGAACGACGAGCUGCUAGGAUCCUCCAGCUGCUCGUGGUGCUUUUGCUGCGGAUUCCGACGGUCGCACUCGCUGCGAUUCACGUCGCCCGCAAGGCCAAGACGCGGACGCAAUGCCCAACGCAUCUGAAGCAGAAUCAAUGAGAUCAAAAGGGGAACAGCGCCCCGAACUGAAAACACAACACCGAUGGCACUGGCAUCGAAC